AUGUAUUAUGUUGCGCCAAAUCCCGAGGAAGCACUUCGUGUUCCCAACGAGGUGGAGUCUCAACUUGCAGACAACCGGUGUUUUCUGCUCAAGAAGGCUGAGAUAAAUGCAGAAUUGGAGGAUUAUCCUGCCGCUCUUGGUUACUUGCGUAAGAUCAACGCACUACAUCUGGCAUUGCUUGGCACAGGCCAAGACUUCAAAGAGAUGUAUUGGGACAGAGUCCUCUUGGCUGAGGCAGACUGUCAUCGCAAGAUCAAAGAUUAUGACUCGGCGGUGAAGUGCUACCUAGAUAUCCUUGGCCAAGAAAUCGACUUGGAAUCCACUACGGUACAAAACUAG